AUGGCUUCACGAGUAAUCUUCGACCCCCUCAUCGCCCUCCGCUUAGCUCCCCUCGUGAGCUCAACCUGCAGCCUCUGGUUUGCCUGGGACCAAAACAUCUUCCUCCGAAACUUCGUCCACCCCGCCAACCGAACCGCCAGUGAUCGCUCCCUACCCACCUACUUCCGAACCUUUUUUCGCAGCGGCGUGACCUGGAUCCUCGUCCUCCUCGGCCUCUCGCUAUCAACAGCUGGCAUCAACAUCGUCACGGACCGAGCCUCGCUCGCUCAGAGUCAGUCCCUGCGUUGGUACGCCGCCGGCGCCGCCUUCACAGCCGGCCAUGCCUUGUACGCGCCCGUGGUCGCUCCCAUCGUGCGCGCCAUCUCCGAGGACCGUUCCAAGGGCCAUUCCACACGCGAUCUGGAGCGCUGGCUGUGGUGGAACUUGCUUCGGAUGGUGACGGUGGAUUUGGCGGCUUGGAGACCUUUUGCACCUGGAAGUUGGAAAGCUGCAGAGUCAAUCGGAAUUGGCAUGAUUGCCUACCGCCGACCCGCCCCUAAGUAA